CCGGAUUCACAAAGCAUUCUUAGGAAGAAAAAAGUUCUUAAGUAGCACUUUUUUCUUAACUAUGUUCUUAAGACAAAAUUUAAGAAGAUUUGAUAUUCUUGAAGAAUUUCUUAGUUUUUUCUUAACUUUUUUCUCAACUUUCUUCGUAAGUUUUUUCCUAAGUUCCUACGUUUUUUCCUAAGAAAGUACUUAAGAACAAAUGAGAUUCUUGAAGACAAAGUUCUUGAAUUUCUUCUCAAAUUUCUUCACAACUUUAAGAUAAUCCUUCACCAGUCUUAAACCAGCUGAAGUGAAAAGAUGGAAGUUCUUUGGGUGGCAGUUAGGGAGGAAAAUCCACCAAGGCCAUUGAGAGACAGAAUGGAUCCGCUUAUACUCCCUGAUCACAUGUUGAUUCGACAAUAUAGGCUCCCUAGGCCUGCAAUUAUUUAUUUGGCAGAUAUGCUAUCAAAUGACCUGAAAAGAAAAACAAGGCGAUCGUCACCCCUUCCAGUUGUAACGCAAAUUAUGGCUGCCCUGAGAUUUUUUGCCUCUGGGUCUUUUCAAAUGGUGGUGGGGGGCACCCUGGGUGUGAGCCAAUCAUCCGUUAGUCGAGUGGUCAGAGAUGUUACAAAUGCACUCUGUAGAAGAGCACGGCAGUUCAUCAAGUUUCCAGCAACAGACGCAGAAUGCAUUCGAACCAAACAGCAAUUUUUUGAAAUAGCAGGGUUUCCAAACGUGCUGGGGGCAGUUGAUGGGACACAUAUUGCAAUCAAAGCACCAAGUGAUGAGGAGGAUGGCUUUGUCAAUAGAAAGAACUUCCACUCCAUGAACUUCCACUCCAUGAUCUGUGAUGCAACACUAAGGGUUACUGACCUUGUGGCAAGGUGGCCAGGCAGUACCCACGACUCCUUCAUAUUGAUGAAUUCGGGAACAGGCAUAAAAUUUAAUGAAGGAGAAAUGCCAGAUGGAUGGUUGUUAGGUGAUAGUGGCUACGCUCUACGACCAUGGCUGAUGACUCCAAUCCUCCACCCAGCAACAGAGCCUGAACAGCGCUACAGCCGUGCGCAACGCAAAACCAGAAGUGUUGUGGAGAGGUGCAUUGGGGUUGUCAAAUCCAGAUUUCGAUGCAUUGACCGCUCUGGUGGAGUGCUCCAAUACACCCCUGAAAAGGGGUGUAAAAUCAUCACCUGUGCCUUCAUCCUGCACAACAUCUGCAUGAUGUACCGGCUGCCUCUUCCGGAUGUUCCAGACCACCAUGAACCAGAGGGAGAUGGCCCAGUCCCCGCCCCAUGUAAUACCGGCAUUCAAGUGAGACAAGAGCUUGUAAGGAGGAGAUUCAUGUAAAUAAAUAAAUAAUAAACGACACCUGAAAAUC